UCGACAUGAAUUCCACCAGUUUGCUGUUGCUAAUGGGUCUGGUCCUGCCUCUGGCACUGAUCCUCAUUCGAUCUACGAGCGGUGUUCCCGUUUUCGAUGAUCUGGAUUCACUUUCAGUCAUCAAGGAAGUAGGCGGAUUGGCGGAGUUUGCUUUCGCGCAUAGGAAACCCCAAAGACAGAUGCCACUGUCCAAAAAUAUGACACGUCAAAAACGCAUUGAAUGGGUGAGGAAUUGCGAGCUUUUUGGAGAGGCGUGUGAACUGGCUGAACAAUGCUGUACGAGGAUAUGUCUGGUGUCUACCAGGGAAUGCGGUGCCCCAGCAAUCCCAGAUAUUCCUCAGUAGCUUUGGGCAGCCAUAUUUAUGGCUCAAGAAUGAUAUAUACAUAUACAUAUAAUAGAAGCUGUUAGCCAGACGGAUAUGACUACACCGAUGCGU